GCAGGUGGGCGCCCUCCCUUUUUGUGUGCGUGGAGGCGGCUGCCCGCCCUGGGCUACACCGAGUGGGGACCGAGCGUGUGCAGGGAGCAGCCUCCUCAGGAGUCAGGCAGCCCCAGGAGCUGGCUGCCCGCCCUUGGGCCCUGCGCCACGCUGGGCAGGAGGGGCAGGCCGGGCGCUGGGCUGGGAUAUGAGGCUCGCGUUCCCCUGGGAAAGGUCAGCCUGGCCUGGCUCGGAGCCUUGACCCAGCUGUGCGGGAGGCCCAGCGCUCUGCUGGCGGCCCCUCCUGCUCUCCCCCACUCUGGUGGGCAGGGCUCCAGUGGUGGAGGGCGGGGGAGCCCCAGUCACACCAUUCCAGACCAGGAAUAGGCACUGGCCCAGCUCCGUGCGCCAGCCCCUCCCUGGACUCAAGUGGCCUGCCUGGUGAGGAGAGAGGGCAAGGUGAGUGGCCAGGGGGCGGGUGCUGCAGGGGCCAGGCCCUGGCGGCCCCAGGCAGACCCCCUCAGGCUGGAUGGAGCCUAGGCAGACUCCAGACCUCUCCCCCGUCGCUCCGGCCAGCUCUGCCUGCAGGACUCGCCCCUUCCAUGGAGAGCGAAGGAGAAACCACUAAUUGCUUUGCACUUCCAGACUGCGUUGUGCACUCGGGCUGGUUUAAUUGGUUUUUAUGGACGAAGAGUUGAAGGCCCGGGGAGGGGAGGUGUGGUGUGAGCCCCCAGCCACGGAGCUCGGAAAAGCGGGAGCUGCCCAUCCACGUGUCCAUCGUCACAGCCUCAUGCUGCCUUCCCUGCAGGGACCACAGAAGAGGAACAGACUGUGCUCAGCCUGGACAGCUGUGCACACACCCACCGAGUCUCAUGACAGGUAGUGUUGCCCACUGGUUAGUGUCUAGGGUUGGCGGCUGAGGCACCAACCAAGUGGGCGUCACUGAGGGUCCAGCGGGAGACAGGCCACCACCCAGAGCAGGUCCUUAAGGGGGAGUUGAUGAAUAGGGGCGAGGCGGCACUAAAGGUCGUUAGAAGGGACAGUGGGUGCCCUGGGCUAGCCUUGGGCUGGAGAGGGACCGCUACAGAGGAGGCACGUCUUGAACACAUCGCCUCCCAACCUGGAUGCUUGUGGCGUGUGGGGAGCAGCCGCUGUGAUGGGUCAGGAGGGGCAGAGAGUCGGGGUUUCUGCAUGAAGUCGGGGGACAGCCAGACACACGGGCAGGCUGCAGACCCCUGUCCUGUUCCUUGCCAGCGCUGCUGAAGAUGAGUCAGGCCCUCCCAGCCCCCCUCACUCUUGGAGGAGAAUCCACACAUCGGGGUUCAAGUCGGUCCUUCCUCAGGGCCGGACGCAGGGUGGAGCCUGUGAUCGCGUGGUGAGCGCGCUGGCUCGAGUACUUUGCAGGAAUUAUUUUACUUAAUCCUCCCAAGGGCCCCUGGAGGUGAAUUGUCCACAUUCACGAACACACACACGCACAAUUUCAGACGACAAGACUGAGCCCGAGGGCUGAGGGCUGAGCUGGGGUCUGCAUAGCAGAUAACGUGGAACGGCUCAGCCCCGGGGUGUCUGCUGGGCUCUGCUCUCACGGAGCGCACCUGGUGUUGGCCCCGUCCCACGGCGUUUUCCCUAAGUGGACGGCAAGGCGACGUUCGGCCAUCCACAGGUGACACGUUUGAUCACGUGUCGAGAGAAGAGGUCGUGUCUGGUCUGCAGACACACUUGCUAAAGCCGAGGCUGAUGGGGGCAUCGAGGCUGGUUGUGCAAAGCACAGGCGGAGAGAACAGGGUGGGUCCGACGAGUUCAGGUGUGAGGUCGUCGUGUUGGCAUCCCCGUGGGGUGUCGGGACCGGCAGGGGUUUCGGAAGUUCUGGCACGCGGUAGGCACCCGGCACGGUUGCCAACUGAGUGGCUGAGUCCGAGUCAAACCCACCCAGGACUUGGGGUUUCCAAAAUAAGGAAGUGGCAUGACUCAGGAUUAAGUCCGCUGGACGUUUUUUCCUCUCCUUUGAUAGUUUUGGGCAGAAAACUUUGUUUUGCAAAGGAGUUUCUCUUGGAAGAUUGCAGUGGGCAGGAGGGGUGUGGAUGUGCCCCUCGUGGAGGGAACAGAAAGCUUCAGGGCUGUGCGGGGUUGGGGGACGAGUGCCUCUCCUGGAAGGGGAUGCCGGUUUGCAGAGAGAGCAGCUGUGACAUUGCCGGGACGCAGGUGGACGACGAGGUGGUGCCUGCGGUGCUGGAGGGCUGCCCGUCUCGGGGGGACCCUGAGAGGAAUCCAGGGCAGGGACAUGACAGGGACAGAGGCUCUCUGGGGCGAUCCCUGUCUCACCCCUGGGAGAACAUUGGGGUGCAGGGAAGCUCCCCCGUGGGCGGCCAGAGCUGCCGGCAGCCAGACCGAGCCCCCCAGGCCGCCAGCUGGGAGCCCCCCAGGCCACCAUGCCCACGCCGCCCUGCACCCUCGCCUCGUUCUGCGCUCCGAAUCUCUGACUCAGACCUCCCGGCUCAACUUCCUGUCUCGUCAAUUUCACUUCCUAGUUCCUGCCUCCUGACUCUUCAGAACGAAACUCCUUCCUUAGAAAUUAGAAGUGGAGUCGGGGAAUCCAGACCACAGGGCCGGCUGGCAGAGUCCGCCGUCUGGGCAGAGAUGGAAAGGCUGAGGCUCGAGGGCCAAGCAGAUCACUGACCCCAGAGUUGGAGAAAUCGGUCAUGACCUGGAUCAAGCUCCAAAGUUCAGCUCAGUUAACUUUCAACCCCCGGGAGCGGCCUGGGCAUCUGUGGCAGGUGUUUGUGUGGGGCCAGGCUGGCCUACUAUCAGGUGAGGAAGGAGGCGGCGGUGGGCUGAGACCCUCAGGCAGCAGAGAGCCCUGGGGGGACCCAGACGCCCCUGCCAAUGACUGAGGUCCCGUUUGCGCUCAGCAGAGGCUCCCCAAGUCCUAAGCUUCCUCCUGGAACGCUUAGCCAGCCUUGCGCGCCCGCAGCCCCGCCGGUGCUGGGAGGGCGGGAGGGCACGGUCCCAGCCCUCCAGAGGCCCCCACGUAGGGCCUGGCGUCGGGCCGGGCGGGCGGCAGACCGCGGGUCGAACUGGCACAGGGGCGGGACAGCGGAAGAGGCUGUUUGCCCCGUCUGCCGGCGCACCGGCUCUGUUUUUCUGAACCCUCGUCUGUUCUUACGGCUGCUGACGCCGCCACCGCCACGGAUGGGGAGAGAGGGAGGGGAAGCCGGUGCCAAGUUGGCCCGCCCCUUCUGAACCUGGGCUUCUGCCACGCUCCCCCGCCUGCCUGCUCCCGCGAGCCUCGUCUGGAGGUCACAUUCAGCCCUGACGCGUCUCAGUGGGUCAGGCGGCAGGGAGACCGAGCCGAGCCAGGCGCGCAGCAAGGCUGCCGGGCACCGCUGCUCCGUCGGGCUGAGGUCUUCAGAUUUUGCAGAGCGGGGGCGUUGGGGGGCCAGGGGGCUGAGCGUCUGUGCUGGGCGCCUUGGUGCCUGGAGGAGCCACAGACACUGUGCCCCCUGGUGAUGCCUGGCAUGGGGCACCGAGCGCACGACUGACAACUUCCCGCCGCCCGCCCACCCCCAUCCGCGAAGGGCACCUCGCAUGCCCGCAGCUGCGGUGGGGACGGCAUCAGGAGUGGCAGCCCGAGGAGCCCUGGGCCACCGCGGGCGGGGGGAGCUGCUUCUCCGCCCUUCUCAGAGCCAGCCUCUGCCGGCCGCCCGCGGUCCCUCCCUCCUCCUCCCUCCUCCCUCCUCCCUCCUCCCUCCUCCCUCCUCCCUCCUCCCUCCUCCCUCCCUCGCUGCCGUUGGACGAGAAGGAUGUGAGGCAGAGCUGAGCCGGAGCAGACGCCAGCCAGAAGCCUCGCGGAGCCGCACCGCGGCCGCCCAGCCUCCCGCCUCCCAGCCCGCUGCUCCCAGCCCGCUCC